GGCGUUGAAAGUAGGGGAGGAGAGAGAGAGAGAGAGAGAGAGAGAGAUUAAGCGUCGCUGUAAUUUGUCCCACACCAAAUGUUUGCCCACCGUUUUUCAACGUUCUUUUCAUAAACCAGACCCAACUCGACUUCAUUCAUUUCCAUUUACAGUAUCCUCUCUAUCCUCUACACACGUGGCUGGCACUUAUUGGCCCCCUGGAUACUCCUCCAAAAUGCGAUCCCUUUGGGACGAGGUAGCCCCACCUCCCCUCCCGCAUCAACCGUCUAUCAAAAAUCGGACGCUCAAAGACAGCCCACGAAUUUAAUCGAAUCAGAAACAUAACCAACGGACCACAUCCAUCCACUACAUCACCUCCUCUGAAUCUAUUUCUCUCCAUAGCUAUGCUCCGCGACGUCGAACACCUUCUCGACUCUCAACGUCGUCGUUUCAGCGUCGCCGACCAUCGGUUUCGGUCUUGAACUGCUUUAUCCACCGCUUCUGCAUCUGGAUGGAGCUUCCGUUGGUCUCUCGAGUGCUCAACCCUCCGACGACGUCCUUUUGCUUCUCUGCCACUGCGGGUAGUAUCAGCGACUUUCUGGCGAAUGCGAAGAAGAAGAAGAAGAAGAGGAGGAAACGGAGCGUCUCCGGCAUCUUUAAGGUGUCUGCGGAGCGGCGCCGGGAAGGGAUUGACGGGUUGCGAGAAGGGGAGAGCCAGGGAAGGUUCGCAGGCUCCGGGAUGGAGGUCACGACAUUCGGUCACGGCUUCGGCGAACCCGAGUUCGCCGUCUGGGAGAAGAUCGGUGCUGUGGUGAGGAUGAGCUACGGAAUCGGUAUAUAUGGUGCAAUGGCUCUUGCGGGAAGAUUCUUAUGCUCGAUGAUUGGAAUUGAUUGCAUGGGAGGUUUCGAGCCAUCCCUUGAUGCUCUUCUAACUGGUCUUGGAUAUGCUGCUCCUCCAAUCAUGGCCCUCCUCUUUAUAUUAGAUGAUGAAGUUGUGAAAUUAUCACCUCAUGCUCGAGCCAUCAGGGAUGUGGAGGAUGAGGAGCUAAGGAAUUUCUUUUAUGGAAUGUCACCAUGGCAGUUUAUACUAAUGGUUGCUGCAAGCUCAGUGGGGGAAGAGCUUUUCUACCGGGCUGCUGUUCAGGGAGCAUUGGCUGACAUAUUUCUUAGGGGCACCAAAUUUGUGACAGAUGCCCGAGGCAUGGUAUCACUGACUGGUGUGCUUCCUCCUUUUGUACCAUUUGCUCAAGCUUUUGCAGCUGUUAUCACUGCUGCCCUUACUGGUUCACUCUAUUACAUGGCAGCCUCGCCAACAGAUCCUGCAUAUGUAGUUGCACCAGUUUUGCGAUCUCGGUCUGGUCGUGAUGAUCUUAAAAAGCUCUUUGCAGCUUGGUAUGAAAGAAGGCAAAUGAAGAAGAUAUACUCCCCCCUGCUGGAAGGACUAUUAGCCCUGUACCUUGGGUUUGAAUGGAUCCAGACGGACAAUCUUCUUGCUCCCAUGAUCACACAUGGCAUAUACUCCGCUGUAAUAUUGGGUCAUGGGCUUUGGAAGAUUCAUGAUCACCAGCAGAGGCUACGCCAAAGAGUAAAGGAGCUUAAAUUAAAGGAAAAAUGUUCUAGGCAGUAAAGGAGCCAGACGUAUAAAUGAGAACUUGGGUUUGGAGGAAAUUUGGUACAUAGAGAGCCUACAAGUUUUCGAGCGCAUUACGGAACAAUGCAUGCAGAUAGAGAAAUGCAUUGUAUGUGUAUAAACUAUAGUAGCUGAAAAGUAUUUUCAAUAUGAAUAAAGAAUCAUUUUGAUAGUAAA